AUGGCGAUGAGAUGGUUUGAUAGCCUCAAGCCAAACUCCAUAAAUUCUUUUAAACAGCUAACACAAGCUUUCGGUUCUCGCUUCAUAACGAGCAGCAGGGUUCCUCGGCCCCUAGACUCCCUCCUGUCCUUGUUUGUGCGAGAAGGAGAGACCCUGAAGGCGUACUCGAACAGGUAUUGGGAAAUGUAUAACGAGAUAGAGGGAAAUUACGAUGACGUCGCCAUCAGCACAUUCAAGAGAGGCCUGCCGAUAGAGCACGGUUUAAGGAAAUCCCUAACUGGGAAACCGGUCACCAGCGUGCGCCAACUCAUAGACCGAAUCGACAAGUACAAGAAAGUCGAAGAGGACCAACAGACUGGAAAGGGCAAAGCGAAGGUUGUCCCUCAGGAGAGGAAGGACUUCAGGUCAGAUUGCUUUAACAACAAUAACCGGCCGAGAAGGGAUUACACGAAGCAGCCUGGAUCCACCGGGGCACAGGCAGUCCAUGUUGUGUUCCGAGAACCACUACAUAAGAUCCUAGAGAAAGUGAAGAACGAACCAUUCUUUCAAUGA